AUGACAGAUUUAUUUAAUUUUCCCUCAAUACAUAACUUUCCGCCAUUUUAUACGCUUCAAACACAACCGACAACUCGACAAACCCAAAUAACACUUUGGUCUGAAAUAAUUCUAGCUUAUUUUAUGCAUCAUAAAUUAUAUCGUCUUGAGUUAUCAGAAUCAUUGAAUGGCGAAUUGUUCAAUAAUAAAGGAAUCAAUAAAAGGUUGAAACUUGGAACUUUACAAUGCAUUAUUGACGCAAUGGUCAAACAAGGAACAGCAGAAUGGGACUCACAAUCAAAAAAAAAUGUAUUUAAUAGUGGAAUGACUAAUUCUAUAUUGACGGUAUAUGAAAUUGCACAUGGUGAUGUUACUGAAGGAUUAGAUUUUCAUGGAUUGGAUCAAACAAUUUUAUUAAAAUCAUUGGAUAUAUUAGUCAAGCGUGGUUUAGCACAGUUAUUUCAGGGAUCAAGUACUGAAGAUAUGGGUGUUAAAUUUUUUGGAACUAAUGGAUAA